AUGGUGAAAUUUAAAGGUAGAAGUUCACUAAAGCAGUUAAUGAAAGACAAAUCAAUUAAAAGGGGCUAUGAAAUAUGGAUGCUAUGUGACAAAUCUGGAUAUAACCUAAAAUUUCAAGUAUAUACAGGGAAAUGUGAAAAUUCUGUUGAAUUGGGUCUUGGUGUUAGAGUUAUACUUGAUUUGUGUGAAGGUCUUGAACAUAAAAAUCAUGUCGUUUAUAUGGAUAAUUUCUUUUCGAGUAACAUCCUUAAUGAACAACUUCUAGAAAAAAAUAUUUAUGCCAGUAGAACGGUCAGAUUCAACCGAAAAUAUCUUCCAACUUUCGCAAAUGAUAAAAAGUUACAGGGAGGAGAUUUUGACUGGGCAACUAGAAAUAGCGGGGUGGCCAUGAUCAAAUGGAAGGAUCGUAAAUCAGUACAUCUCCUUUCAUCUCUCCAUUCGCCUAGUGAUACAAUAAGUGUAAACAGAAAAGAAAAAACUUGA